AUGAUUCCAGUUGUAGGUACCAGUAAGCUAAAAUGUGAAGGCCCGGUUACGGUAGCUCUAAAAGGUACAACGAGUGAGAUCAAUGAUUUCACAUCGCCUUUGAUCUUAAUUUCACAGAAGAGGACUCGGGAACUCAGGAUGUUAGAAAGGGGGUGGGAAUACGCGGGAGAUACACAUGCAUUCUUGAGUCCGAAUCUGAAUCCGGUAGCUAUGCCGUUGUCGAGGCGAAGCUUCCUUUCAGCAGUAUUCAGUCGAAAAGACAACGACGAUACCCAGCAUUUCGUCAAUAGUGAAGGUUCUAUCAGUCAGGCAGCAUGGUUUGAAUUAGGUUGUGGUAGUUCGCUAUCGACUCGGAUGAAAGCAAUGGAACAAUUAGAAUCGAUCGUUAGAAGCAGACGACUACAAAUAAGCACCGUUGAAGCAUUAUAUCAUGAGACCAAAGAUCUGUACAAAUUGGAUGAAGCAAAGGAUUCGUUCUUAAAAACAUUUAUCACCAUCACUGAAUAUCAAUUGGAUCAACUUGGUUUGGCAAUGCGCGACACAUUUUUUUCUUUAAUCCGUUCCAUGGGUCUCACUGAUUUGUCUUUGGAAUGGUUCGUAGCUCUGUCGAUGAAUGGUGAUAAAGUAACAGGUUUCGAAUAUGAUUUCAUGAGUCUUCAGCUUAGUUGGCUGCGAGAAGUACUAGAUCUAAACACGGUGGAUCAUCCUCAUGCUGUUCGGGUACUUCAGCUGAUACAGCAAGCCAUAAAAACAAAUGCUGGUUUUAUUACAAACAAAGAGAUUGAUGAUGUUGUUCAUAACAUUUGCUUAAGAAUAUGUCGUAAAGCAGAUCAUUUGACUUAUGAAUGUUUAUCACUAUUAGGAAUUAUUUUAAAAUAUGGACGCAUCCCAGAUACGAAGUUGCUGAUAUUAAUAACAACACUGUGUUUGGUAAUGCAUGAACAAAAAUGGGGUCCCACUGCGUGGAACGUAAUGAGAGAUUUAUUGGGCUCUCACUAUGGUCAUAAUGUUAUAAAGAUGUUGCUUGAUUUAUUGAGAAAUAGUACCGAUUGCCCAAAAACAGAGGUUCUUGUGGGCGCUGUGUACUGUAUCCAUACUGCUCUCUGGAGUCAACAACACAUUGAUAAUUUGCGUUGUCAUCCAAGUAUCGCUCUUCCAAACAUGUUACCAGCAAUGGAAGCAGGUCCUGAAGUUGUAAAUGAAGUGUUGGUUGCCAUCCGACGGUUACUGAAUGCCAGCGGAAAAAAUCUGCAGCAGUUAAGUUGGCACUGUAUCUUGCAACUCCUCAAACAGGCUUUGAAGCUUUGUGAACAAAUAUCAUGGAAAGAAAAAGUUAACGAGCAACGGUCGCGUGUUCAUCAUUUGCUCAGCAUUAUUGAGAAUUUAUAUCAUGAUGGUGACUAUGGUGGUUCUCCCGAAGCGCUGUAUUCACUGAUAGAAAGUUAUAUCGAUGAACGCCCUGUCCCAAGCAUCAUAGCAUUAUUUGAUUACCGGGUGGCUUGUUUGGAUCCCUUUAUAUCGAAUUGGCUUCACACUCUUCAACAACUUGUCCAAAAACAUCUUCAGAACAACUAUCCUGCUGCAGUUAGGGAGAAAGCGGUUAGUGUCCUACAUACUGUUUAUAUGAAAUAUCACUGGCUACACGAGAGAACAGUUGUUACAGAUUUAGUUUGUCCUAUACUUGAAGGUUGUGUUCGUGAAAAUAAUGCCAAAAUCCAGUACCAGAUGUUGAAUGUUUUAUUUGAUAUUGCAAAAACAGUAUCUUUACGUGAAUCUGAGGAUGAUGACCUGUUUUUGAUGGUAAUGGAGAUCGCUAAUUCAUUCCUUGCACUUGAUCUCGACAAUGCAGAAAUUUUUGAAAAUAUGGAAAUAGUAGCUAGCGAUGUUUGUCAAGUUUUAGUUGAGCGUUUUUCUGAUUUGCGAAGCGCUCAUCUUCAUUAUAUUACACAUAUCCUUUGUGAACAUCUUCAUUCCCAUUAUCAGCAUGGGUUUGUUCGCGAAAUUGGUUGCGAAGUACGAGAACGGAUAUUUUCCGCAUUGUUAACCCUUGUUUGUAAUCCGCCUUCAGAUCGAAUGGUUUGUAUUGGUGAGUUCGGGGACAUAAUUAAUGUGCGAAUAUGUCGUGCUGGGAAUGAUACUGAUGGAGAUUUUGAAUGGAGCGAAAUAUGCGCAGUAGUGACAAAAGCUAUUGAAGAAGAACUCUGGUUUCCGGUCAUGAAAAUAAUUUUGCAGCGGUUGUGUCGGAUAGUAGAAGUGCGGGAUUUGAUUUUCACGGCGGGUGCUGAACGCAUAAAAAAACUAAAGAAUGCUAUAAUUGCAUUAUACCACAAGCGCAAUACUUUGAUAUCUGAUGCUGAUUUAGCUAUAACCUCAUUACAUAAAGGCGAAGUUGACCUGCCGAAAUAUAUUUGUCCUAUUUUUAGUCGCCUAAUUAAUUAUUAUCACGAUGACAGUAUUUGUAAAAUUAUGGUUGACUGCGUUCCUUCUCUUCCAAGUGGAUGUCAGCAGGCAAUAAUGGCCUGUGACCUAGCAGUGCAGAUAUUGCCUGAUGGUAUGGCACCAUUAGCUCGGCAGUUAAUAUCCCAUUUGGCAGGCCUUCAUCCAAGCGCCGUCCUUGCGAUCCCUGUUAUUGAACUAGCUUCGGAUUGUUCCUCUGUGCCGGAGUUUUAUCAGUUUUUUGAGAUCAAGCACUUCAAAUUUGUUAUUGACAUAUUGGCACCCUACACAAGCGUUCAUCGAUACAACACUUUUAUUGUUGCUGCUGCGUUUCGUUCCCUAAUGAGAUGGUAUACGAAAAUGUCUGAUGCAAUAAAACCAACAAUAUGCAAUUAUAUUGUGAAUAAGAUUGAGGAAGAGGCAAAAACUUGUCUGUCGAACGUCAGAAAUGCAAAAGAACAUUCAGAUGAACGACAUUCAUCAGAUUUUGGCAUACCAACUACGAGUGCCUUUUCGUUUGACACAGCUAAUCGAAAAGAAACGACUACAAAUGAGGAUACGACCCUGAGAAAUGAGUUGGCCGAAGAAACAAUUAAAGCACUGAAAACGUUCAUGAAACACAGUAAAAUUAGUGAUGCACUACCCACUCAAUCGAUGCCAAAUACGAAGCUGGUGGAGCGCUGGUCAAACCACUGGGUUAUUAAUGAUAUAGUCAUUUCUGUCACCAGUUUUACUGAAAGUCCAUCAAGCGCAACGAGUAGAACAUUUGAAACGAAUGCUGGUGAAGAAAAUCCAGUAGCCCAAACGCUGGAUAUAGAAAUACCAAAUUUUGAUAGGAGACGACGCCAUCAAUCAGCAGUGCAUCGCCCAAACGAGAAAUAUGUAGUCCCUUACCGCCCAACUCUGGAUGACUUAUGUACAGUGGCAAAAUACGAAUCAAAAAAAUUUCGUGUUCCGGUGGUGACGUGGAUUCAGAUUGUUGUACGACAUAUCUUUGGUAAAUAUUCAUGGUACAUGCGGUCACUGAAAGAUUUCCCUGAUGAUUUCGGAGCAGCGGACAAUUUCUAUGGUAUUGACGAGGGAUUGUCGAUUUUAAAACUUCUCGCAAAUGAUAACAAAGCUGUCCAGAUAUCAGUUGGUGAUAAAAACAAAAUAUUGAGGUCUCUACGCAAUAUCGAUCGAAUAUCAUCGCUUGAAUUGCACACAGUUGGUGUUGUCUACAUUGCAUAUGGCCAGACUAAGGAAUCCGAAAUUUUAGGAAAUGUGUAUGGUUCAACGCGUUACGCUAGUUUUUUGCGACUUCUGGGUGAUCCUAUAUCUCUGGAAGAUUGUCCAGGCGGUCUCUCAGCUGGUUUUUGUGGCGCAUUUACAUACGUUUACACAGAUGAAAUUUCGAAAACCGUUUUCCAUGUAGCGACGCUAAUGCCAAAAAGCGAAAUUGAUCCGCUUUGCAACUGCAAGAAAAAGUUCAUUGGGAAUGACUUUGUUUCGGUCGUCUUCAAUGACAGUGGCUCGCCCUACGUUCUUGGAACAAUUAGUGGAAAAUUUGCCCAUGUCGCUUUGGAGGUGGUACCACAAGAUGAUGAACAUUUGUUGGUAACUGUUCAUGCGCGUAAAGAAAUUGCGCUGUGGUUGGCGAUCUCUCGCGCUUUUUUGCCGGAUCAACAGGCUGCUGUUCUUAUACGGAAGUUAAUCUUACGGGCACAACUAUCGGUAAAUGUUUGGAGACGUGAAGAAGAGGAAAAGGGACCACCCUACAUCGGACUCGUUGUUGAACGGUUGCGGGCGAUUCGAGCAUUUGCUGCACAUGCUACACCUAUUUCGUAG